AUUUUCACCCUUAGUUUACAAUUGUUACUUAAUAUAUUAUGAUCUAUUAGGAUCUGAUAAUAUUACUUUACCAUUUUUAAGAUGUGCUAAUAUACAAGUUUAAUCAUUCUGUAGUUCCUUUCAAGCUUAGUAAAGAGUUUAAAUAUUUGAUAAAUUAAGGAAUAUCCUAACUUGUAUUUGAAGGUUGUUUUUGUGUUAUACUUAGUACUUCAAGUAGGAACUAGUCCCUAUUAUAAUAUUGAGACAUUUCAUUUAUGUUCUUAAAGGCAGAGAUCAUAUACAAUUUUAAGUUCUGUUUGCAUUUAUAAGAAUAGUUCAGUGAAAUUAUUCAUGACAUUGAGGGAUAUCCUGUAGCCUUUGUGUCUUUAAAGGCUUUUCUAACUUCAAACUGAGGUGACUUCAGGUUGAAACAGUUGAAGGUUUACGGGAUCUUCAAAUUCCUUCAGGGAUUCAACCUGGAGAUUCGGUGAAGUUGUCACGUUUGGGAGUUCCAGACAUGAAUAAACCAUUUGUUCGAGGCAAUCAUUACUUCAUUGUGAAUGUUCUUAUUCCAAAGGAUAUCAGUGGCACCGAACGUGUUCUUGUUGAGCAGUUAGCUUCACUAAGAGCUUCUAACAGAAGGGAUUCACUGUCUUCGGGUGACAAUGGAAUACCUAAAGGAAAGUUCAAUGAAUUCACUAAGAGGAGGGAUCCGAGGGGUGAUGGUUCAAGCAAUGGAAUAAAAAAUGUUGACUCUCUAUGGGGAUCGAUCAAGAACUUCUUAAGUGGAAGACAGUCCGAUGAAAGGUUUGCUUCAAUUAGCAUGGAUACAUCAGCAUUAAUACGGAGAUAUGCUGACCAAAGACCGUCUGUCCUUAAUUUCUCUUUUGUUGCUUUUGUUGUAACUUGGAUUUUUGCCUUGAUAGCAAAGUCUAAGUACUCGAUGCUUCAGAAAAGACCUGAGUCCUUAAAUAGAACACUGAAAAAAAAUUAAAGCAUGCUUAGUUAGAAAAGUAGAAAUUAGGGUGGGGAGUGAGUGGAGGGGUGGAAAGGUUUUUAUUGUUCAGGCCUUGAUGUUUGGUGGAAAGAUGUGAAAGUACAAAGGGGGGAAAGGUUUAGUUUGAGCUUAUUUUCAAACUACAAAAGACCAGAAUUGAAAGUAGAGUAAGGAUGAGUUCCACUACACAACACCCCAAACCAUUGUUAAUUUUCUUCUGAAAUUCUCUCCUAUUUAUUUUAGCUCUAUAUACCCCUGAAACAUUCUGUUGGAGCCAAGACUGGUGAUUUGAACUCACCUUUUGUAGCCAGGCCAGGGCAAGGCGCCCUGAAACUUUCCCUUCAAGUUGGCAUGCAUUGUGAAUCCUUUUUAACGAUCACAAACUUGCUAGAAAGUCGGGAAAAAAGUUAAUAACUAUGUGAUUGCUUAGCAUUGUUCUAUAUUGUAUUUGGAUUUGGUAAUUUUUUGUCAAGUUUUUAAUCUAGUUUGUUCCCGUUACUAACAUUUUUUUUAAUCAAAGCUGAAUUUGUUGGCUGAAGAUUUAAUGUGACGAAAUUGUAAAAUUUAUAGUUUGCAUUCA